AUGACUCGAGCAGGCUACGGAUUAGCCGACACCGGGAGAGGAAACUUUGUUGAUGCAUCGCGGUCUCGAUCUCGACGUCUCAUCUUAUCUCAGAAAGACAUGGUGAACCUCCGAAUCGUCGAGGACCGCCCGACACCGAAACAGGUCUACGGAUGGCGGCCGUACUUCUGCGCGUCAAUCGCGUGCUGGGCGUCUGUCCUGAUCGGGUAUGACGGCGAGUUCGGGCUGGACAAGUCGCGCUCCGACUUUCUCUCCGCCAACAUUGUCUCGUGCUACCAGGCGGGGUGCUUCUUCGGCGCGCUCUCGGGCUAUGUGCUUGGCCACUAUCUCGGACGUCGGUGGGGCAUGCUCGCCGCGUGCGUGAUCUUCAUCGUCGGCGGCGUGCUGCAGAUCGUUGCCUCGGCCUCAACCGGUCUUGGUAUCAUGUACGCCGGCCGUGUCAUUGCCGGUCUCGGCGUCGGCAUCUGCUCGAACCUGAGCCCGAUCUACCUCGCUGAGAUUUCGCCGCCGGCAAUCCGCGGUCGUCUGAUCGGUAUCUACGAGCUUGGAUGGCAGAUCGGCGCCGUCAUCGGCUUCUGGGUGCCGUACGGCGUUGCUCUCAACAUUGCUCCGAGCAUGAAGCAGUGGCGCGUGCCGUUCGGUGUACAGAUCAUCCCCGGCGGAGUGCUCGCCCUCGGCACGUUCAUCUUGACCGAGAGCCCGCGAUGGCUCGCCAGCCGCGGACACGGUGUCAAGGCCCUCAAGAAUCUCGCAUGGCUCCGGAACCUCCCCCGCGACCACCCCUAUGUCGUUGAGGAGCUCGCUGAGAUCGAGGCCGCCAUCCGUUCCGACGAGGCGAACGCUGGCCCCGGCAUUGCCGGACCGAUGAAGACGCUCUUCACAAGCAAGAAGUACAUGUACCGCCUGUUCCUGUCCGUUAUGCUGUUCGCCAUGCAGAACGGCACGGGCAUCAACGCGAUCAACUACUGUGAGUGGUGGGAAGGAGCAAAUGUGCAGCUCGGAGUGCCUUCCUCGGCGCGGACCAGAGCGCCGGAGCGAGCUCCUCUGCAGCUUAUUCAUCACGUGCCAGACCUCCACCAGAGCCCCCAACUGACAACAGACGCUCCGACCGUCUUCAAGAGCAUCGGCGUCUCCGGAACCAACACUGGCCUUCUGACGACGGGCAUCUUCGGUCUCGUCAAGUUUGCAGGGGCCGUGGUCUGGCUCCUGUGGCUCGUGGACCGCGGCUUCAACAGCGAAGACAGUGCCGCACGGCCCGCCUGCGUGACUUGCGGUCUUGGAAGCAUGGUGAGUGAUGAGUGA